UAGAAAAAAAAAAAAAAAGGCGGUUUUGCAGACGCCGUUGUCGCCCGCAGCUGCUCUCCGUCAGCCAUGGUCAACCCCACUGUGUUCUUUGACAUCGCCGUCGACGGCGAGCCUUUGGGCCGCGUCUCCUUCGAGCUAUUUGCAGACAAAGUUCCAAAGACAGCAGAAAACUUCCAUGCUCUGAGCACCAGAGAGAAAGGAUUCGGUUAUAAGGGUUCCUGCUUUCACAGGAUUAUUCCAGGAUUUAUGUGCCAAGGUGGUGACUUCACACGCCACAAUGGCACCGGCGGCAAGUCCAUCUAUGGAGAGAAGUUCGAGGAUGAAAACUUCCUGCUGAAGCACACAGGUCCUGGCAUCUUGUCCAUGGCAAAUGCUGGGCCCAACACAAACGGCUCCCAGUUCUUCAUCUGCACUGUCAAGACUGAAUGGUUGGAUGGCAAGCAUGUGGUCUUUGGCAGAGUGAAAGAGGGCAUGGGCAUGGUGGAAGCCAUGGAACACUUUGGGUCCGAGAAUGGCAAGACCAGCAAGAAGAUCACCAUUGCCAACUGUGGACAACUCUAAUGCGUCUGAGUUUUAUCUCACCCACCUGACCAUUCCUCUAGCUCAGGAGAGCGCCCUCCGCCCCAUCUGCUCGUGACACCCUGAAUUGUGCUCUCCCUGCCGGUCUUUGGUUCCGUGUUUUCCUUACUUCCCCUCCAAGUCUAGCGGAAUUGCAGAGUUAAAAGUUAUGAUUAU